ACCCCCACUUCAGUAGCAUUCUCCACCAAGUCAUCCAUCUCACCACCACCAGCUUCCACCACCUUCAAAUUCAAACCAUCAAUAAGCACACAAUCUCCAUUAGCCAUGGCCCGUACGAAGCAGACAGCUCGUAAGUCCACCGGUGGCAAGGCGCCCCGUAAGCAGCUCGCCUCCAAGGCCGCUCGCAAGUCCGCGCCAUCGACCGGUGGUGUGAAGAAGCCUCACAGGUACAAGCCAGGUACCGUCGCGCUCCGUGAGAUCCGUCGCUACCAAAAGUCGACCGAGCUCCUCAUCCGCAAGCUCCCCUUCCAGCGUCUGGUGCGUGAAAUCGCGCAGGACUUCAAGUCGGACCUGCGCUUCCAGAGCUCCGCCAUCGGCGCGCUGCAGGAGUCCGUCGAGGCCUACCUCGUCUCCCUGUUCGAGGACACCAACCUGUGCGCCAUCCACGCCAAGCGUGUCACCAUCCAGAGCAAGGACAUCCAGCUCGCGCGCCGUCUCCGUGGCGAGCGCUCUUAAGCGGGUCUCUCUCACUCACAUCAACUCGACAUCUUCUACUACCACUACACACUCGAUACCAAUGAUGAAAUAAGACCAUGAGGCACGGCCAUCUCGACCUCCUGCGGUCAUUGCUGCUGACGCGGCUGGCUGGGUGAUGGGCGGUGGUUCGUUGGCUUGCAUGGCAGAUGGCUUGACUACUUUUGCGGGAAUGGAGUUUGCGAGGAGAUUCACAGGGCAUGGGUUGAUAUCAUGGGUGCACCAG